AUACUAGGAUACAAGAUUGCACAUCAGCGGAUGCAACUGUGUAUGUAACAUCGCUGAAAAUGGUUGUGUUAACUACCGUGAGAUCACCGUGCGUUAGUGAAGGUGACAUAGAGCAGCAGCCUUUAGAAUGGACUGAGAAAGAUGAUACCCUUGACAUCAG